CAUUCCUACAAGCGUGUGUUUCCAUCUCUCAUUACAUUACCAUUGGCAGAGCUUUAGCAGCCACUGUUACAAGCACACAUUCUGUUUUCUACCGGCAUUCUUUACGAUAUAUCCAGCUAUGGAUAUGGACAGUGCCAGUUCGGUGGUGCUGCAGGCCUUAACCCAAGCUACCAGUCAGGACACAGCAGUGCUGAAGCCUGCGGAGGAGCAGCUCCGGCAGUGGGAGACCCAGCCAGGCUUCUACUCGGUCCUUCUGAAUAUCUUCAACAACCACAUGCUGGAUGUGAACGUCAGGUGGCUGGCUGUGCUGUACUUCAAAAAUGGCAUUGACAGAUAUUGGAGGAGAGUAGCGCCUCACGCGCUAUCAGAAGAGGAGAAGACGUCACUGCGUGCUGGUCUCAUCACAAACUUCAACGAGCCUGUCAAUCAGAUAGCAACCCAGAUCGCAGUACUGAUAGCCAAGGUAGCCCGUCUGGACUGCCCCAGGCAAUGGCCGGAGCUCAUCCCAAUUCUGCUCGAGUCCGUGAAGGGUCAAGAUGGCCUGCAGCAGCACAGAGCGCUGCUAACCUUCUAUCACGUCACCAAAACCCUCGCCUCCAAACGUCUGGCGCAGGACAGACGACUUUUCCAGGAUCUGGCGUCGGGCAUCUACAGCUUUGCGUGCUCCCUGUGGAGCCAUCACACCGACUGCUUCCUCCAGCAGAUCUAUGCCAGAGAUGAGGCAGCGGCGCUCAGCUCACUGGAGAGGACCCUGCUUUCUCUUAAAGUGCUUCGCAAGUUGACGGUCCACGGAUUCCAAGAGCCACAACAGAAUAUGGAAGUGAUGGGGUUCCUGAAUGCAGUGUUUGAAAGGCUAAAACAGUUCUUGGAAUGCUGUCGCCAGAUUGGUUCAGAUAGCACAUGCAGAGAAAAGCUGGAGAAGACGAUCAUACUGUACACUAAAGUUUUGUUAGAUUUCCUGGAGUACCAUCCAUGUGCGUUUAUACCCCUAAUCCAGCGAUCCCUGGAAUUCGCCGUUAGCUACGUGUUCACACCUGCGGGAGAGGGAGUGACCUUCGAACGCUUCAUCGUUCAGUGCAUGAACCUCAUCAAGAUGAUUGUCAAGAAUGACGCCUACAAACCUGCCAAGAACAUUGAUGACAGUAAACCUGAGAGUCUGGAGGCUCACAAGAUCAAGACGGCAUUCUUCACACACCCCACGCUGACAGAGAUUGGACGCCGGCUCGUCUCACACUACUUCCUUCUCACAGAGGAGGAGCUGGCAAUGUGGGAAGAGGACCCUGAGAGCUUUGCCGUUGAAGAAACAGGCGGCGACUCCUGGAAAUACAGCCUGCGGCCUUGUACGGAGGUACUGUUCCUGGAUAUAUUCCACAACUACAGCCAGACCCUGACACCGGUGCUGCUGGAUAUGGUUCAGAAUCUCCAGGGUCCAACCAAUGUGGAAGACCCCGUUCAGCUGCUGAUGAAGGAUGCAGUGUACAACGCAGUGGGACUGGCAGCGUAUGAAUUGUUUGACAAUGUGGAUUUUGACCAGUGGUUCAAGAAUCAGCUUCUUGGAGAGCUGCAAGUCAGCCAUCACAGGUACAAGUUGAUUCGCAGACGAGUCAUCUGGCUAAUAGGACAGUGGAUCUCCGUCAAGUUCAAAUCGGACCUUCGACCUUUACUCUACGAGGUCAUCCUGAGCCUCAUGCAGGAUCCAGACUUGGUGGUGCGGAUUGAGACGGCAACAACCCUCAAACUCACUGUUGAUGACUUUGAGUUCCGGACAGAACAAUUCCUCCCAUACCUUGAGUCCAUCUUCGGGCUGCUCUUCCAGCUGCUGCAGCAGGUGACGGAGUGCGACACUAAGAUGCAGGUGCUCCACGUCAUCUCCUGUGUCAUCGAGAGAGUAAACAUCCAGAUCCGGCCGUACGUUGGCUGCCUGGUUCAGUACCUGCCCCUGCUCUGGAAGCAAUCUGAAGAACACAACAUGCUCCGAUGUGCCAUACUCACGACGCUGAUCCACCUGGUUCAGGGCCUCGGGGCCGAGAGUAAGAACCUGUACCCGUUCCUUCUUCCCGUCAUCCAGCUGAGCACCGAUGUUUCCCAGCCGCCACAUGUGUAUUUGCUAGAGGACGGACUCGAGCUUUGGUUGGUGACUUUGGAGAACAGCCCAGCCAUCACCCCGGAGCUGCUUCGAAUUUUCCAGAACAUGUCAGCGUUGCUGGAGUUGAGCUCCGAGAACCUGCGCACCUGCUUUCAGAUUGUAAACGCCUACAUAUACUUGUCUGCCACAGAAUUCCUGCAGAACUAUGCAGAAUCGUUGUGUCGAUCCUUCUGUGAACUCCUGAAAGACAUCACGAACGAGGGACAGGUCCAAGUGCUCAAGGUGGUAGAGAUAGCUUUAAAGGUCAGUCCCAUACUGGGAGCCCACAUGUUUCAGCCCCUGCUGCCAGCUGUCUUCAGAGGCAUUGUGGACGGCGAGAGAUACCCCGUGGUGAUGUCCACCUACCUUGGCAUCAUGGGUCGCGUCCUGCUCCAGAACUCCAGUUUCUUCUCGUCUUUGCUCACCCAAAUGGCUUCUGAGUGCAGCCAGGAGAUGGACCAGCUGUUGGGCAGCGUGAUAGAGAUGUGGGUCGACCGCAUGGACAACAUCACUCAGCCCGAGAGGAGGAAGCUGUCGUCGCUGGCUCUCCUCUCCCUCCUACCGUCUGACAACAGUGUGAUCCAGGACAAGUUCUGCGGCAUCAUAAACAUCUGCGUCGAGGCGCUGCAUGACGUCAUGACGGAAGAUCCAGAAACGGGCACCUUUAAAGACUGCAUGCUGAUGAGCCAUUUUGAGGAGCCCAAGCUAAGUGAUGAUGAGGAGCCACCAACUGAGCAGGACAAGAGGAAGAAACUGUUGGCCCUGGAGGACCCGGUGCACAGCGUUUCUCUGCAGCAGUUUGUCUACGAAAAGCUGAAGGCUCAGCAGGCCCUGAUGGGGGACCAGGGCUUCGGGGUCCUGAUGGAGACUGUGGACACGGAGCUCGUCAGGCAGCUCCAGGAGUUCCUCCAAGGCCUCUGAAUUCCGUCUACAGUCCCUUCACUACCUUACACAAACAUCUUUGCCUAACGCUACCCUCUGCCCCCCCUUUUUUUGAAAACGUACUGGAAAAGGCUAACAAUCUGCCCGACGUGUGGACUCCUAAUUCAGACCUUCCCAACCUCUGCCCAUGCUAUGCCUUAUCUAUAUUCAGCCUUGUCAACUGUCCUCAGCUAACCCCGUGUCCCCCUUCUCUAUUAUCUGGUGUCUUUUACAUCCCUUUUUCUUUUUUCUUUUUCUUUUUUUUUUUUAUAGCGAUGCGGUUCAUGUGGGUGCUUAAAAACGUCAAAGUACAUCCACGUUUUUAAAACACCCACAUGAACCCAUCAGCACACGAGAGCUUCCACUCAAUUCUUCUAGUUUCUUCACUUUCUGUGGUUUUGAAGCGAAAUGGGGAGAAUAUCGGAGGAAUGGUAUAAAAAAAUAAAAUUAAAAAAAAAAAACCUGUGGGGAGGGUCGGGGGAGUUUAAAAAUCAUCUGCAGGUGCCAGAGCAGGAGCCUCGGACUAUUUUCUAUGGAGAAACAUACGGAUUGUAGCAGAAACGUGGAUAAACCAAAACCGAAGGACCUAAAGCAGUGUUUACAGAAUCUAUUCUUAAAAGAGAAAAAAAGAAAUGUAAUUUUGUAUGUAUGUAAAGUAUGGAUGAUAUUCUGCAUGACGAUGAUAUUUUAAUUUCCAUUUUGUUUUUACUUUGUUAAUUUCUCCUCCAUUUUUAAAAAACAAUCUAUAUAUAUAAUUUUGUCAUAGCUAGAGGUCACGUUGAAGUAACUACUGAGAGAACUCAAAAGUGUUUUUCUUUCUUUUUAAGACCUAGUUAUAGAGGGAUUGUUUCUCUUUUUUUUUUUUUUUUUUUUCAUCUGUAAAAUGGGGGAUUUUUAAAUGGUUGAUUUGUAAGAGUGCUGAACCACAUUUAUAUGUACAUACAUACUGCUGCUAAUUGAUGGUGUGUCGGAGCACUUUAAUAACCAAAAACUGUUUCACAUAUUCUUUUCUUUUUUUCCCAUCUUCUCACAUCGGUAUACUUAGCGGCGGGACGCCUCGGAGCAGUGCAGCAGGAUUGUGCAAAUUAGGCUGAAGUUGCCUCAUCAUGAAUUGUCGCCGUUUUUCCUCGUCUCACCGCCGUCUUGUUUAACGUGCAGACGUACUGCAAACGGGUUGUGUCAUCACGGUUUUAUUUGAACGAAUUCGAUGCGUUCUGGCCCAAGUGGCUGUCGACAAGUCACAUGGUGAGUCACUGUGAAGGGUCAGAAUGCUUCACUCCUGAGAGGAAGUUGCGCGUAUUUCUGGUUUGACUGAGAGAUGAAGCUCAGAUUUGAUUUGAUUUCACAGAAGAACCAGUUUUUCGACUCAACUAAUUAUGAAGGAAAAUAAUAAAUGACUGCAUAGUGGCACUUAGCUAAUAAAUAAAUUUAUCUGAGAGGCAAGUGGACCUGUUUCAUGUAUGAAACGUGGUCUUAAUUUGACUCAUUUAGAGUAAAAUGUGGUUUAAUUUGAACUGAAAGUUUGACAAUAAUGUGAACCUAUGCCCUGCCUUUACAAUCUGUUCUUCUGGAAUUUAUGGAACAAUAUCGUUUUCUCUCUCUCUCAGUAAGCUGGUCCCCCUUCCUGGGCCAGAGAUGAUCCUGACACUAGCUCCUUUGACACUGUGAUAGAGUUGAGUAGCAGUCAGAGUUACAGCCUUAUGCUUUCAGCCUUACCUAUCCUUGAAACACACACACACACACACACACACAAAACCUUUUUACUAUUACGUUCACUUCUUAACUAGUUUAACCUUCUAAGAUUUCUUUACUAGUUAUUGACGGCGAUUAUGAAGUUUUGAACACGGCGGGCUCUAGAGGGAUGUUUUUGGGUUAUACACUUGGUUCUGUUUUGAUCGGAAAUAAUCCUUGUUGCGUUUUUCCAAAGCCUUCAAUAAAAUGCAGUAAUCAGCCAGAGAA